GGGGUAUGGAUCCCUAAGCAGCCCCGGCCUCCGGCCCAUCGCUCUGCCUCCCACCCUGACAACCUGCAGAGCCCAGCAAGAAGGCAUUAUAGGCUUUGAAGCGAGAAUUUGGAGAAAAAGCCUAAAGAGACCGAAGAAGAAAGAACUGCAUUGCUCUGGGUCAUGUUAAAAUAUUAACCAGAAGAUUUGAAGAGAGACCAGUACCAACCCUGGUGCAGGAUGUUGAGCUUGAAGCUGCCCAAGUUGUUCAGCAUAGACCAAGUGCCCCCGGUAUUCCAUGAACGAGGCAUAAUUUGUGGCUAUCGGCAUCCUCAGAGUUCAGCCACCGCCUGUGUCCUCAGCCUUUUCCAGAUGACCAAUGAAACCCUCAACAUCUGGACACACUUGCUCCCCUCCUGGUACUUCAUGUGGAGGUUUAUGGCCACCCUAUACAUGGUUGAUUUCUGGAAUGACAGCUAUUCCUGGCCUCUUCUUAUCUACCUGAGUACUAGCUUCAUUUACCCUUUUGCCUCCAGCUGUGCCCACACCUUCAGCUCCAUGUCCAAGAAUGCCAGACACAUAUGUUACUUCCUGGAUUAUGGUGCAGUCAAUCUCUUCAGCUUGGGUUCUGCCAUAGCCUACUCUGCAUACACAUUCCCUGACAUGUUGGUUCGUACCACCUUCCAUCAUUACUUUGUGUCACUGGCUGUGCUGAAUACCAUUUUGAGCAUCGGACUUUCCUGCUACUCCAGGUUCCUUGAACUCCAGAAACCUAAGCUCUGUAAGACAUUACGCAUCCUGGCCUUUGCAUAUCCCUACGCUUGGGACACUGUCCCCAUCAUUUACAGGUUGUUCUUGUCUUCGGAAGAAAGUUCUGGGGAGGCAGCAAACCCCUACCACCAGAAGCACACAGUUAUUGCCAUCCUUGCUUGCUUCCUCUAUGCUGCACAUUUACCUGAGAGGCUUGCACCUGGGCGCUUUGACUAUAUUGGUCACAGCCACCAGCUUUUUCAUGUGUGUGUCAUUUUGGCAACACACUUACAAAUGGAAGCCAUAUUUCUGGACAUGACGUUGAGAAAAGAAUGGCUUUUAGCCACUUCAAUACCUCCCUCUUUCUCUCAGACAGCUGGGGCAGUAUGUCUAUGCAUCAUCUUCAGCAUUAUUAACAUAAUUUAUUUCUCAAUUUCUCUAUAUCAGACUCCAGAACCAGAAUCACAAAAAAAGGAAACAUGAUCCAGCCUAUGCGCUUUUUAAAUAUAUAGAAUAAUGUGAUUACGUUUUUAACUAUGUUACCACUGAAAAGUGGCACAAUACUUCUCAUAAAAAUGCUAUGAUAUUCAUAUUGGAUUUGUGAAUCAGCUUUUGUGAGUAAGCUGGUGUGGGAAAGGUAUUUAAGUGGAGGAAAUGUCUCAAUUUGCACUGAUUUUGUAUGUAAUUUUUUAAAGAUGGAGAGAGAAUAUGCCUCUGUAAGAUCAGAUAAAUAAUAUUUUGUGAAGUGUAAAUUUGUUUUGAUCACUUUUCAACUUCUAUUUAUUAUAUAGUGAGGGCUAACCAUAUUAUUAAUCUGCCUUUACACUAUAGUCCUUGAAGAAUUACUUUAUUCUACAGUGAGAUUCAUAUUGAGUAUCUUCUGUCAACAGUCCCUUUAACUUCCAUGCAUCCAGUCCUUCCAAAAGUAUAGAGAUGAAAGUAAAAGACAGUUAAGAUCAUCCAAAAGAAGAGAAAGGCAGGCCUACGAAGAAAAGAGAACCAAGUACAAUAGAAGCUGAGGUGGGAAUAAAACCUGCAGAACAGUGGAAGACUCUAUUCCCAUUCCCUUCUUCAUUAGUUAACUUCCUUUCUUCUCUCUGCUCAGGAAAUGAGAUUUUUCUCUUUCCCUACAGUUGCAUUUGGUAUUCAAAGUGGUGGAUCCUAUCAAAUUAGUUAUGACUCUGGUAAGCAGAUCUGGGAUUUGGAAGUAUUUUCUUAGAUUCCUCUACAAAAUGGCUCACUAUUAUAGGCUAUGACACGCUUCCACAGUGCCAACUGGAUACAGGAAUGCAACAUGUAAUGAACAUAAAGUAUUUAAAAUUAUGAA